UGUAAUUCGCUCGUGAGCGGAACCGAGUUUGUUUCGGCGUGGCCGAGACUCGCGGAGCUUACUUCAGUGACUCAUUUAUAAAAAUGAAACUAUUAAUUAUUUUUGUUACAUCACUAUGAAUUGAUGUUUUACUAUUUCCUAAGGCCUGGCUGAAGAAGCAGAUGUCUAAAGCCAGUGGACAAUCAAGUGUUUCUGGAGUUCUUUAAUAGAGUUAUCUCUCUAAUUAAUGAGCUAUAAAUGGCGGAGCCAUUGACACAACUGCUCAUUAAGGCAGCUCAACAUCAUCUUAAAACUGGAAAGAAGAAAAGAUUAUCAUCUUCAGCCUCCUUGAAUGUAGCUGGGGAGGUAUUGGCAGUAGCAGCUGGUUUAAAACCAGCUUUUCUGUAUGAUUACAAUUCUGCUGGGACUUCUCAGAUUCUGGACUAUGUUCAACAUCUUCAAACUACCCUUCAACUUACAUGUCGGUUACAUGUUCUUAAUAUAGCCGAAAAUGUUCUAAUAAUCAACUUGGGACUGAUGUGUUUGUGUCUGGAAUCAGUCCUGCUUAGCAAUAAUGUCACUUUCAUUGAUGUUUCUGCUUCUAGACCAUGUCCUACCUUUUGUAACUCAGAAAAUGUGAAUCUUAUAAAAAGCCAUCUGUCAGAAAUAUUGAAUCAUAUUAAAGUACUAACAGAAGAUACAUCUCAGACAAUAUCUUCAAGUGAAAUUUUUUCGACUGAAUGGAAUCUCUGUACUCUAUUUGGUGUAUUGCUAGGGUAUCCAGCAUCCUAUAAUUUUCCUACUCAGAAGAGUUCUGAUAAUUGUCUUACACUAAUUCCACUGAGAGUGUUUACUGUUCAAGCCACAUUUUGUAUGGUAAACAGUGAUUUCAGAGUUAGGUUUUAUUCUUUCAGUAUCCCAGAACUCUUGUAUCCAGACAUGAAAAUGAACCUCAGCACAUGGUGUGAAAAACUCAAGGAUGCUUUUAAAGCUCAGAAAGAAUUUGCUAAUCUCUGCAUUGCAAAUGAGGUGAUUGUUCUAUCAGCAGUGGCCUUGUAAAUAUGAAUCACAAUUCAUAGAUAGAUAACGGUGCUUCUCCACACUAUUCUACUGAUUUGUUUAAAAGCAAUUUGGCAGCUUAGUUUUAAGCAAUUAUGUCAGUGUUUUUUUAAAAAUGUGCACUUUCAGCAGCAUUCAGGAUAUCCUUCAUGCUUAAAUUUCCCAGAAUCUAUUUCAGGUUAGCCUAUUUUUCCAGAAUAUAUUAUUGAACAAUCUAUUCCAAAUUCCAGGCAAAAAGAAUUCUCCAGCUAAAAUAGGCAAUGAUUUCAAUUCCAGUAUGGUCAAGUAAUACUUAAGUAAAUUGAGGAACUUAAGAUUUUUGAAACUGUAAGAAUGGUGAUUGUGUCAAUGGAUAUAGAGAUCAGUGGUAUAUGGAUAGGCAUACAAUCGAUAUUUGUUGCUUUGGUUUUAAUAAUAACAGUACAAAAACUAAGCAAUACACAAAACCAAGCAGACAAACUCCUUCAGUACAAUAUGCAGUUAAUUUUACAAGCAUUUUAAAAUAGAAAUACUAACCAUUUGAGAUAAUUUAGACUGCUAUAGUGCAGUCAGUAGUUGGCAAAUAAGACAAGGUAUGUUCAAGGUGUAAAGUUGCUUAAAUAAGAUACCAGAGCUGUUACCAUUAUUACCAUUAUGAUAGGAAUCCAAUGAUCAUGCUUUCUCUGAAAAAAGAUAAAAUGUUUAGAGAUAGUAAAUUGAUUAUAAAGUACACAGAAAAAACCCAAUUACACCUGGUCAUGUAGUGACACUUUUAUUGUGCUUUCACAUUGUUAUUUUAUUUCAGAGAAGCUUGUACCUCUAUUUGAUUAAAAUAUAUGUAUCGGAAGUAAAAGUUUUUUUCCCUCCCUCUACAAUGGCAAGAAAGAAAAAAUAAAACUAUAGUGUUGAUGCUGAAGAUAGAUGAAUUAUGACUCAAUUUUAUUCAGUGUGUUUUGGUAAAAAGAUAUCUUAAAAGCUACAUUUCAUAAACAUACUACAGAGACACAAGAUGAAUCUUUCGUGCAUGGGUCUUAAGAAAAUUACAAGUGUAUAAAGGGACUUUAUUCAUCAUAUUUCUACACAUCUCACCUAAGUGACUCUGGC